AUGCAGGCGGCCGGAAACACGACUGACCCAAAUAAACUCAUCCAGAUAGCAUUCAGUGUCACCAUUGAGCACAUUCGCAGCGCGCUUAAGAAGUCUGAAACCCUGCUGGCUGCCGAGAAGGAUCCUCGCAUGUCCAAGGCACUGAAAGAUUGUAGGGAGCUGUUUGAUUAUGCCAGAGACGAUCUCAGAAACUGCAUUGAUCGCAUUGAAAUUUUAGACAUAACCAAGCUCGACAAUACUAUUGAUGACCUGAAAAUAUGGCUCAGUGCAGUUGUUAAAGACCAAGAAACUUGCCUUGAUGGGUUCGAGAAUGCCUCUGCAGAUGCUGCAAAGGAUAUGAAGAAGGCGCUGCAGAGCUGUGCGCAGCUCACUAGCAACUGCCUGGCCAUAAUCGAUAGUAUCUCGAAGGGUCUGACCUCCUUCAAGCUUCCAUCCUUUAGCAGUAGGUUGCUCUCAUCGGAGGAGGAGGGUCCGUCUUGGGAUAGGAGUGGAGACUACAAGAACAUUGGCCAGGCGUUUGAGCAUGUGAGCAAGAAGAUUGACGAAGCUUUUGUGAUCUAUGUCAAGAAAGGAGUUUACAUGGAGAAUGUAAUUGUGGGAAAAUCUCUGACAAAUUUGACAAUGUAUGGGGAUGGACCAACAAAGACGAGGAUCACUGGGAGCUUGAACUAUGUCGAUGGCACACCAACAUUCAGGACUGCAACUUUUGCCAUCGUCGCUGACGGAUUCAUUGCCAAGGACAUGGGGUUCGAGAACACUGCCGGUCCCGAAAAGCACCAGGCCGUUGGCCUCAGGGCCCAAUCUGUCCGCUCUGUAUUCUACAACUGCCACAUGGACGGAUACCAGGACGCGCUCCAUGCGCACACCAAGCGCCAGUUCUACCGCAACUGCACAAUCUCAGGCACCAUCGACUUCAUAUUUGGUGACGCAGCCUUCCUCUUCCAAAACUGCACCUUUGUCAUUCGCAAGCCCAUGGACAACCAACAAACCAUUGUCACUGCACAGGGACGCAAAGAAAGGCGAGAGGCGUCUGGCAUUGUCCUACACAACUGCAUGAUCAGGGCUGAUACUGAGUAGUUCACAACGAAUACGAGGUCAUAUGUGGGCCGGCCAUGGAAGGAGUUCUCAAGAACGGUGAUAAUGCAGUCGGAGAUUGCGGAGUUUAUCUCUCCAGAGGGCUGGCUGCCUUGGGAGGGGGAAUUUGGAUUAUAGACGUGUUUGUAUAUGGAGUUCGAUAGUAGAGGACCGGGUUCGAGUAAAGAAGGGAGGGUCAAAGGGAAAGGGAUUAAAAACAUUGAUUAUGAGCAUGCACAGAGAUAUACUGUGGAGUAUUUCCUCCAGGGGAAUGACUGGGUGAAGGAGACUGGGGUGCCUUAUACUCCAUGUUUACUUCCUUUGUCUGAGGAGGGCAGGAUGCAUUAGGUGAUUUUUACAGGUGUUUUUAGAUCGUUUUUUCCCCCUCACCUUUUCAGGUGAUUUUUGUUUGAAGAGAUGAAGAUUAGGAAAAAGAAAUUGUAAUUAUAGGGGGGCAUUUUUUUUCUUUUUUCUUUCUGUUUGUUUGUUUUAUGGAGAUAUUGGAUUGUAGAUGUAGACAAUUUGAAAUGUCGA